CGCUCCGCUCCGCAUUCGUGGAGAGAGAGAGAGAGAGAGAGAGAGAGAGCUCAAGCCUCAAAGAGACGAGAGAGAGAGAGAGAGAGCUAAAAGAGAGAGAAGCGCCGCCAUGUAUCGCCACGCCUCGCGCCUCCUGAUCCGAUCGUCCUCCUCCUCCGCCUCCGGCGGCCGCGCGGCGGCGGCGGCGGCGGGGCCCCGGGCGGCGUUCUCGACCGACGUGCCGGCGCCGGCGACGGAGGACACGGGGUUCGUGGAGGCGUGGCGCAAGGUGGCGCCGAGCCUGGAGCCCCCGAAGACGCCCUCGGCGUUCAUGAAGCCCCGACCACCGACCCCCUCCUCGAUCCCCUCCAAGCUCACCGUCAACUUCGUCCUCCCCUACCAAUCCGAGAUCUCCAACAAGGAGGUCGAUAUGGUGAUCAUACCAGCAACCACAGGGCAAAUGGGUGUUCUCCCCGGUCACGUCGCCACGAUCGCAGAGCUCAAGCCUGGCCUUCUCUCUGUGCAUGAAGGGAAUGAGGUGAACAAGUACUUUGUGAGCAGUGGGUUUGCGUUCAUCCAUGCAAACUCUUUUGCGGAUAUAGUGGCAGUCGAGGCCGUCCCUCUUGACCGCAUCGACUCUAGCCUGGUACAGAAGGGCCUCGCUGACUUCACCCAGAAGCUCAACUCAGCUACUACGGAUUUGGAAAAGGCUGAGGCACAAAUUGGUGUUGACGUCCACAGUGCACUUAAUGCUGCCCUAACUGGUUGAAAUAUAUUAUUUAAGACUGGAAGAGCGUCUUCCUUUGCCACCAAAAUUCGAACAUGAGCUGAAGAGCGAGCUUGCUCGUUGCAUAAGAACUGAGAAAAGAGUGUCUUGAAUAAAUUGUAUCUUGAAUAAUUUGUACUUUCCUUGAAUUUAUGUUCACUUCCGUUUAUGGUUUCUUAACGGUAGUUCCUUGAAUUUAUGUUACUGCCCGUUUGUGGUUUCUUAAUGGUAGAUAUCUUUUUCCUCCUGGUUAGCCAAUACUAAGGUGAAAGUGUUCAUCAUUUUGAUCAGGCCUGAUAUGGACAGGUUUGCAGGAAUUCUGAUUUGGGUUA